AUGAAAAGAGGAAGUUUACUCGUGUCACUUGCCUUUGCAUACCCGAAGAUUUCAGAAGAGAUUCUUGGUGCUAGAUUUUCAUCGAAUGGCUUGUGGCCUGACAAAUCUUGGCGAUCGAAAACGGGCGAAAAAGGGUUGAACUAUCUUGACGGCUACUGGGAUAUUCAAAAAGUCGAUAUAGAUGAUAUUCUACCUUCGCACACAACCAUGAUAAAUGACGAAAUCGAGCACAUUUGCGUGAACAAAACAUCCCGUUCCGCCGCUAACUUGCCUUCAAAAUCAAUAAUGCUCUCCGACAUCUGGCGAUUUGACUCGCUGGACAACGUCCACAUCGGUCUCGAAGCCGACAUCCCAAUAAAGGGGCCGGAAGAGAUCGGAGAAGAGCUCUGGAAUAACUACACGAUCUCGGUUUAUUCAUCCGAUUGCGCGUUGAAUAGAAGGUAUUGGAGUCAACAGAGCUUCACGACGCUGAAGAAACCCGACGGCUCGAGGAAUAUUCAAUUUAUUGUCAGAUCUGAUGGCGGCCGUUGCCAACUAGUGGUGCCGAUGGCAUCCGAAAAAGACGUUUACCUGCCGAAUUCUUUGAACGCGAUCACUGCUCAAAUUUACUCAACCUUCGGCGUUCUCUUCAUCAUCCUCUGCAUCUCCUCGAUCAUCAUUUCGCUGCUCUUUUGCAAGACGAAAAAGCAGGAAGAGCGAAAUCCGCACGAUCCGAAAACCGAAGAGGAAACGAUGGCCUUUACUCCUAUGCCGACGAUACCCGAGUAG